AUGGACUGGUUUGUGUUAGCCGGCGCAGCUGCAGAGGCUGUCAGCCAAGUACUCGUCGUUGUUGCCUGUGGUGUCAUCCUCUCAAGGACAGGCUACCUCUCUCAGUCUGCACAAAAGUCAAUAUCAAAAGUCAACCUGUACUUCAUGACGCCCUGUCUCUUAUUCACAAAGAUCGCCUCGACUGUCAAUUGGACACAAUUCAAGGCUUUCUGGCCUAUACCUGUCUUCUAUUUACUCUUCACAACAUUGUCCUGGGUCGUUGCCAGGGUCGGAUCGCGUCUCUUUGGUUUCUCCAAGGAUGAAGAAAAGUUCGUCAUCGCCUCGAUUGUCUUCUCCAAUACAAACUCGCUCCCAAUGGCCUUACUACAAUCCCUCGCUUUCAGUGCAGCAGGAGACCGCUUGCUGAGAGACGCAGACGAUACCAGAGAAGCUGUCGCUGCCAGGGGUAUCUCUUACAUCCUUUUCUAUGCCAUCUUUGGUAACCUCGUUCGAUGGUCGUACGGAUUCGCACUACUUGUUCCCAAGGAUAGGGAGGAAGAGGAGCAGGAAGAAACUGAGGAGUACACCGCGCUGCCCCCUGCAGCACCUUCUGUCCUCAUCAAUGUCGACAUGCCUAGUGGUUCAAGACGCAGUGACGCAUCUGUCCUCACUCUCCCAUCGACCUUUCGCAGCUCCCAGUCGCACACUCAAAACAUUGGCGAGUCGUAUCAAGGAGCAUUCGAUAACGCGCCGCUCAGGGAGCCUGCGCAGCAACAGGCCGAUCCCGCGUACUUGCACCCUCUCUCCCUGGCUCAGUCUCAGUCGAACCCGGCCCGCUCUCCCGCAGUGUCCAUUUCAGAGUCGAUUCUGUUGCAGAGAGCGCAAACAGCCUACGAGAGGGUUAGUCAAGUGCUGACUCCUCCUCUUCUUACGGCCCUGUUGGCCCUGGUAAUUGGUCUGGUUCCUGCACUUCACCAGUUGUUCAUGAGCCCCUCGUCGACUUUCUACCGGUUCCUUGUUCGUCCGAUCGAGGGAUGCGGUGCCGCAGCUAUUCCCAUGAUCCUGCUCUGUCUUGGCGCUCAGGUCGUCCACUUUGCCACCUCCGCUUCGUCUGCGUCAGCCGCCCCUAAGCCAUCUGUCCCAAAGAACAAGCAAAAGAAGAUUGUGCCUCAGACUGGCCUCGGUAUCUAUACCACUGCUUCUCAAGGCGAUCUUUCGAGCGAUGAUGAGCGGAGCAGUGGCCCACACGAGUCUUACGGCAGUGGCAUUGCAACCCUUCGAUCCCACGCCUCAUCCACGGCCACCCUCCUUCAUUUCAACCAGCCCUUAGGCGAUACCCUUGCCGGAGGUUCUCAUGACCGAACCCGCCAGGGCUCUACCUAUUCUGAAUCCUCAGUUCCUUCUGAUGAUUCGGACGACGAGGCUCAUCCUCUUCUUAAAUCUUCCGCUUCAGCACCUGUCAAGUCUGGUUACCGCAUUUCCUGGAUCACCCCCAUCCCAUUCAUUCUGUUCUCCAGGAUGGUCCUUGUCCCUGUCCUCUGCAUGCCUGCGAUUCUCUUCCACCCAGACAGUCUCUCGCCCAUUCUCACGACUGAUCCAACUUUCUCGUUGUCUUUGGUCCUCUUGGCCACUGCACCCACAGCUAUUAACAUGAUCCAGAUCUGCCAAAUCAAGGGAUUCUUUGAGCGCUCUAUGGCGUCUGUUCUGUUCUGGAGCUACUGUGUUUUCGGCAUCCCCUGUGUCCUUGGUUGGUCCUUGGUCGGUCUGUGGGCUGCUGGCAGAGAGUAA